AUGAGAAGCAAAUCCAUCUUAGCUGGUGCCGUUAAUGUUCCAAUUGAACCAACAUCAAAUGUUGACUCACGAACGACAAACAAUAUUGUCAUAAAGAACUAUAGUUCAGAGUGUUUGAAAGAAAAAGAACCAGAACUUAAGUCGGUGAAUUUAAACACAGCUUCAAACGCUAACGCUACAUCAGAUGUUAAGUUAGAGUAUCCACCACUGGACCAAAUUCUUUCA